AGAGUUUUCGUUUAAAAUUUGUAACUUUAUCUAAUUAACUAAAUACAUAACGAUCUAUGGCGUUAUUCAUAUACGGGUGCAGUUGGUAACCGUUUGUCCCUAUCCGUCAUUUUGACAAUUCUGUUUGUUAGAAAGAGACAAAAUUUAACAGAGGUUUGUAGGAGGUUACUAAGUUUUAUGAAUAAGAGGCCUAGUAUUUCAUCAAUUUACACUUUUAGAUUUACUUAGCUCUACGUAAGUGAGAUGAGACGAAUGGAAAUCAAUCUUAUGCAAUAUGCAUAUUCUUCAUAGCAUCUUUGUUCUGCUGCACUGACCAUUGCUCCAGUUGCGCGUGCGCACACCAUUUCUAUUUUCAUAAAAAUAAUACAUUAACAAUCACCGUCCCAUGAUGUAAACAAAUGAGGGUGUUAUUAAUUGAAUACUCGACAAAUUUAUCGCGAACGAUUAUUGAGAGAUGAAUAGACUCGUUAUCGAUAAGAUUAUUGUUCUCGAUUAAAAAUAAACGCCAAACAAAAGUAAAAAUCGCGCACCCGAGCGCGCAGCGACGCCGGCUCACUCUACGCAGUCCUACCGGCGCGGCCUAACGUGUGCUGAGUUACUUUCACGCUUGCAUACAAAAAGCCGCGGGAAACUUCGAGAAAUCUUGCAGUUUUCAAUGCGAUAACGAUAGUUAUGAUGUGUUCAAAAAACGGUUAAGAAAAUUUUGAACUUGGAACGUUUGGUAAAAUUACGUAUAGAGUGCGCGUGAGUUUUUCUCGGGCGUCUCGCUUCCUGCUACCCUUCUUUCCUCUUCAGACAUAACUUUUGAGUUCCUUUACCUUUUACCGACUCCCAACGUUUACAAUAUUUGCGUCAGUGCAGUGAAAAUAAGUGUCAAUAACCGAGUGAAUAGUAAAGCGGUUCUACAGUUGAGGAGUGUUGCUGGUAUACUAUGGGUAUAAUCUGGAGGUCCAUAAUGCCAUUGUUGAGCACGCUGGCGGCCUUGGUGAUCAUCGUGCACUCCGCGGAGGAGGAGAUGAACCGAGGGUACAGGAGGGACCUGCGCCCUAGAGCCGUGGAAACGGCCAGUUAUGAACAGCCUUGGAAGGCGAUAGACCACCCGCCACCCCAACCACCAGAACCAGUGCACCAGCCAACCCGUGCUGAAGGCUGGAUCGAGUCUCUCGAGUUUUUAAGGUCGGUAGAAGAGGUGCCGCCACGGCGGAGACCUGUCCGGAAACGGAAACGCCGACCCCUACCUUAUCCAGACACGGAACCACUUGAAAGACACCAAGAAAGCAUACAAGCCGCGCAUACAGAGUUCCACGACCAAACAAUUGACGCCCCCAGGAGAAGACGCAAAAGACCAGAACACAUCAGCUACCACUUCACAGAACAACCAGCACUAGCCGACGAUAGACCGCUACGAAGACGGGGCUUAAGAAAGAAACGACCUGAUUACGAUGAACAAUUAGAUGACCCCAGUCAAGCUGAUUUUGACCCAGUCGUAACCAAACUCGAACAUCAUCAAACAUUUCCUAAAUAUAAGCAAUUCGAUUACGACUAUUUAGACACCGAACAUAAUACGGAGAUCCCAGAAGUAAACGUAAGAUUAGAAACGGAUGUGACUGAUCAACCUUACAAUGUAAGAAAUGAAUAUAACAAUAAACAUGAAACAUCUUAUAAUAGACUAAAUGGUUUUCAAGAACAAAAUAAACAAACUGCUGGAGCAUCAGAAUCUGAAUCCAUAUCAUCACUCGAAGAAAAUUUUGAUAUAAAUACAAAAAUAACAGAAGAAACUGCAAUGAAAGAACCAAAAGCACAGAGUAUAGAAAAUGCUACAUCCAAUCCAGAAAAUAAUUCAAGCAUUAUGGAUGCGAUAAACAGAACAAAGGUUCAAAAAUUGAAGUUAGGUAUUAUAAUUAAUGGCACAGAACACAGUUAUCUUCCUUUGCUAAUACCGUCAGAGGAAAUUUAUGAUCAUUUUGAGGAUUUAUUUGUGACACAACCAAUCAAUGAUAAUACAAGUAUAUCAAAUAGUGUAUUUAAUACAGACUACACAAGCCAAUCAACUACUAAAAUGAGUUUACCAACACAGGCGCCUAAAGUUUCUGUGUCUAACGUUAUUUGGGACGAAAUGACAGAGAAAGUGGAAGAUUCUAGAUAUGGUGGUCAAUCACCACUGAACUUUACAGCAGAAGACAGUAUUUUGAAAAAUAUUACAGAUCAUACAAGUAAUGUAACAAAUUAUAUAAGCUUAUAUAAUACUGAUAAAAAAAUAAACUAUACGAUUUUGUCAAAACCGCUGCAAAAAUAUUUUAAUUCACACGAUAUUUCGGAAAAUGAUAUAGAGGAAGAUGAAGAUUUAAGUUACGGUGACCAAUUGGCAAAUGAAACUAUUGGAGGAGGCGGUCUUUUGAAGUCACAAUUUUGGUCCGGAAAAUCCAAUAUUAGCCAUCGCCCUAAAGAACCAAAAAUCUUUACUUUGCCAAUGCCGAUAGUAAAAGCUUUUCUUCCUUACUAUAUUCGGAACCAGAAUACAGAUCUGACAGAAAAUUAUUAUUCCACGGAAAAAGUUUUAACAAGUAAAGACUUCUCGAAUAGCAACACAGAAAGAUAUCAUAGACUAAAUAAUUUAGACUUGAACAGCCAAAAAACAAAUAACAUACAUUUAUCAAUACCGGCGGAAAAAUUUCUUCUUGCUUACGGUGUUUCUAAUAACGAUACUGAAAGGUUAAAAGAUUUCACUCACGUCGAAAAACCAACACAGAAAAGUAUUCCUGUUUAUAACUUCCCGGAAAUGAACACAGGAAAAUCUUAUAGUUCAAUUAAUUUGGGCCAUGAUGAUAAUAAAUUACACUACAUUCUUUUUCCAAUAUCGCCAACAAAGUAUAUAGCCAUUUAUUAUCGUUUGAAAGACAAAGGAGAAACAUCUAACGUCAACUUGAAUUUAGACGUUAGCGACACAGAACAAAUCAUUUCUUUGCCAAAAUUAGAAGAAGAAAAUGGAAUAAACACCCAUUCUGCUAUAAUGGGAGAUAUUGCAUAUAUACCGAAGGAAGAAUCCGUUGCAGACUAUGGUAAAGAAAUUGUAUUAGAUACAUCAAAGAGUGCAAAUCAGUUUCGCAAUAAAACAGGUAUCAUCAAAUAUAGCAGAAAACAUUUUAAUAACGGAUACUUUACAAAGAAAUGGAUUAAUACAAAUAAAUUGAUUGGUAAAGUAAAUGUUAUCAUGCCUGUUCUACCACUAGAAGAAAAUUUUGAAUUAGAACUCAUGCCAGAAGAAUUAGAGGAAAGUGGAGCGAUUGACCCGAUUAUGCUGAAACAGCUUUUAAAGAGAUCAAAUGGAUCUAGUUUGAGCGAAAUGUUGCAACGACACAAUUUGUCAUUGACAGACUUAUUGCAAGGCAGAAAUGAAGCAAUUUCAGCACUAAAUGCUGGCGGUACGUACGAGCCUCAACAGUCUACUGAUAUUUCAUUGGAAAGUAACUCCAAACUCAAUGAAGCAGAAACCAAAUAUCCUGCAAGAAGACAAACAUCGUCAAAAGAAAAAAAGGUACCGACGGAUUCAAAUUCAGUUGAAGAUACAGAGGGACCUAAAAGUAAUGGAAACACUGAAAAUGAUGAACCAGUUGCUAAUAAGGACACAACUAAAACAGAAAACCAAGAAUCAAAGCCAAGAAUAAGCACCAAACGACGUUUUCCUACUGGUAUCCGCAGAAAGCUAAGGAUGAGGCCAACAUUAAAUAGUACUCUUAAAGCUCAGUUAAGCAGAGAUUUAAUAGCCUUAAGUGCAAGAAAGUACUCUAAUAAUAACAAGAACGUAACUAAAUCUAGAGAAUGGAAAGAUAUAGUUCCUAUGAUGCCUGACCGAAGUAAAACUGAUAAUAAUGAAGACAGUAAAGACGAAGUUACUGAAACCGCACCAACAACUACAUAUGAUCCUGUUGAGACAACGACAUCUAGUUUGAAGGUUUCUAAUUCAUUCUACUCACUUUCUGGUGGAAAAAAUGUUAGCAACGUGAAGGAUAACGAAGUUGAAAAAGUCGCAACAACUACCACAGAGGCAACAACAACUAUCACUAUAGAAGUUAUGCCUGACGAAAUAAUGAGCGAAAUCGAAAAACCAAAGAUUACACCAAUCGUGAGGCCUAAUGCCACCAACUCUACACUCAGACGCCAAGCGUUUAACAACAGAUUAAAACGAAAACGUCUCAAACAAAAAAGUUCUACAACAGAAAAUCCUUCGGACGAUUUGAUGAGGAAUUUCCUUGGAAUGGCGAAUUUAGUAUCCGCUUCUCAAUUUAUAGAAAGGACUCAGAAACCAGAUACGACUGUCAAAAUGGAUAACACGGAGUUUGUUACGGAAUUAGAAGAUUUCCUGACAACAGAGACGCCGCCGGAAACUGUUGAUAUCGGAGUAAAAUCUACUUCGAGAUUUACGACUUCAACCACGCCUAGAAUUCUCGCACAGAAAAGUAGUACAAGCACUACCGAACAAACAGCGAAAUUUGAAAUUCAGGAAAUAUUAAGUGAUAAAAUGACCAAAGAAAGACUAGCAAAAAUACUACGAGAUCGAAACAUGACUCUAAACGAGUUAGUGAACCACAGAGAGCGAGGCUCAAGCCACGUGCAUCUAGCCGACAUAUUCCACAACGCCUCCAAAGAACCGAACCCUCCAGAACCAUUCCUAACAAAAUCUUCCAUAGAACCUAUAUCGAAGGAAACGUAUCCACUGCGUGCCAUCUUAGAAGCUAACACUUACGAAACAACAACUAGAACAUUACUGUCGCAGACAGAUCAAAAGAAUAUACUAAUUCCAGUGGUUAUGAACUUUGGGAACAAUGUCAAUGAAAAUGGAGAAAGCAUGGGUAUCAUAUCGUUAUUUAACAAAAUAGCUGAAAAUGAAGUAACGAUAGAUAAAACUGAAAUAAGAAAGGAUUCAGAAGGGACGCCGUAUCUAAGCUCGAUUAUAAGUGUAAAUGCUACGAACGCAAACGAUACCAAUAGGGAAAGCAGAUCGAUGGGAGACAGUGAAGAUUGGAACGAACUACUGUCGUUUAUGAAGGCGCACAACAUUAGUACAUUUGAGGAGGACUUGCAGACCCUGAAUAAAGGAAACACGGAAAAGGAAUCCCUAGAAAACUUAGAGGGAGACGGUUUGAUGAUCUUAGAAGACCUUCAGAACCUCGAAAACUUCCAAAGUGACACAGCAAUCGGUUCGGGCGAAAAUGUAGAAAUAAGCAUACAGGAGAAAAGAGAGAAUUUAUCAAAAAAUGCAGGUAUUCUUAAUAAGUUACCCAACAAUACAAAGUCAGUGGCUAUUGCUACAGCUAGCAUACUCGGUCUAGCUGCAAUACUCUUCUUAUUAACUUAUAUAGCGUUUAAGUGGAAACAGCAAAGAAAUAAGAUGAGAAAGAAGAAAAGCUUUUGCGAUGGACCGAUUCCUUCGCCAGUUUUCGAGAACAGAAAAAGUAAUAAAAAUAAUUGCAGCAGCCGAAGUAUUAGUCCAAUGAUUUCAAAUACUAAUAUUUAUAUGAGCACUUUAGAGACUAAUAGCGGGAAGGAAUCGCCUGAUUAUAUGUGGAACUCUCUGAGAAAACCAUUCCAGUAAAGUUUUCUAAUAAGCAUAGACUGAAAUUGUAAGUUAUGUUUUAUAAUGAAUAAUGAACCAUAAUCUUACAGACGAUGCUUAAAAUAGUUUUAAAUUAAAUAGUGAGUGACCUGAUAUUAUUAGUAAGGGCUUUUGUAUAUUUCUUCGAAUUAAUUAAGAUUGAUUUUUAGAUUAGAUUUGCACGUGCAUUUUUAUUUUUUAAGAAUUCAAGCUGUACAUGAGAUGCACAAAUUGAUAAGUGUUUGUGGUAUCAUAUCAUCAUUAUCUUACUAAAAUGCUAGUACUAUAUUAGACUGAGGGCGGCUACAUACAUUCAAAUUCAUUUAAACAAUACCAUAUCUACCGAAAAUUACGAUAGCAAUUCUUACGAUUCGGAAUUCUAUAUGACGAAAAAGACAGUACUUAGAUACACGUUGUUUUUUUAACUCCGCUAACUACGGGGUAUGGCUAAGU